UGAACAGGUGCCAGCUCUCACACUGGCCCCCUAUCAUGACACAGAGGUGGGACCCAUGAUCGAUAAUGAAGCGAUGCAAGCAUUUGGAUCUUUAAAAGAACCUCAGAGGCUGAGUUCUUUCACACAGCUGAUUACCUGCGAGUAAACAGUUGAGGUGAGAAGAUGAAGCCUGUACAGGUGGUUGCAUUGACUCUACUGUCUGUUGUUGCGAUCGGCGCUCAGGUCUUGAGGUUGGGCAAAUGUCCCCAGCCUGCUGUUCAGGCCAACUUUGAUGCCAACAGGUACAUUGGGAAAUGGUAUGAGAUUCAUAAGUUGCCCACAAGCUUCCAGAAAGGCCAGUGUGCCACUGCUAACUACACCCUGCUGAGUCCUGGAGUCAUCGAGGUCCUGAACACCGAGCUUCUCGAUAAUGGAACCGUUAACGCCAUCGUCGGCUCUGCCAAAGUCAAGGACCCCGCUGAGCCUGCCAAGCUUGAGGUCUCCUUCAACAACUCUCCUCCCGGGCCCUACUGGGUUCUGUCCACCGACUACGACGGUCACUCUCUGGUCUAUGGCUGCACCGACUACGGCCUGUUCCGCGUGGAGCUGUCCUGGAUCCUGAGCAGGAAGCCCACCCUCUCUAAGGAGACCCUCGAGAAGCUCCACGCCAUCCUGUACUCUGUCGGAGUCAGCGUGGAAAACAUGGUCCCCACCAACCAGGACGAGACUUACUGCAGCCCAGUGAACCAGUGAACCAGUUAACAGACGCUCCUACUUCAGCCCAGAGGACUGUGAGGCAGGGGACACAAUGAUUACAUGCAAAGACAAUGCAACAAUAAAGCUGUGUAAAGAAAA